GCAGGGAAUGCUGCGGUUGCCAUGGUACGGCGUCAGCGGUAGGAAUGGAGCAAACCUCAAGCAAGGCGUGGGCCAAACAAAUAGCAUCUGAACGCCUCUGACUGUCAGGAUUAUACUCCGGUUUGCUGUCUUACUGUGGAUAAUUACAGGACGACGCAUUUAAAAUAUAGCCAUGACAGUUUCCAAAAAGGGCGGACGUCUAACGUUAUGCCUUCUUAUUUGUAACGGUAGCUAGCUAAGUUUGCUUAUGUUCAUAGUAGCUUGCUAGCUAGCUAAUAGUUGAAGCUAUGUGACGUUAGCUAACAGUAGCCGAGUCUAAACAAGAAGCCGUGCAUUGCUACAAAGUUAAAGGUAAAUCAGUCGGCAAGAUUUAAAAGAGUAAACGCAGAAAACGUACAGGUUGGUGCCACCAGACGCCCAGCGGUAACGUUCAACACACUCCACCUGUUGAUUGUAGUCUUUUUUUUUCUUCUAUAAGCUAACAAGCUAUUAUCAGUCAGUCCUCCAUCACCGUUAGCUUUCUACAAACCCUUUGGGGCUAGCUAACGUUUGCCGAUGCAAGUACGCUAAAUGUUGUUUGGAACUUCAUCUAACUCAGCUACUUCUCUUUUAUUCACGUCUAUUUUGUCAUGUUGUAUGAGUAUAGAGCGCACUGAGGUGGGGGGUUGGCUUCAGCUAACCUAUAGCCACAUUGUAGCUUUUUUACCUGACAGUUAUUCUACAACAAUUCACCUGUCAACAGCAGACGGCCUACUCUAAUCCAAUCUAUGCGUUUCGCACAGAUGGCAGGCCAGAGAAAGCUUGCUGUAGCGCUAUAUUAAGCCCUUGAUAACACGCUUCUGUUUGAAUAUUUGUUUUUACUAGCUGGAGAGCUUGUGACCCAACUGCAUAUAUUCUCCCAGCUAAUAGCGGUAUCAGAAGCCUCCAGAGACAGUCAGAGCACGAUGAAACAGAAGAUGUGAAUGAUGAUGUCAACAGAGAUGAUAUGAUGUAACCAAUCUAAUGAGUGUUAAAAUACACCCAGCCGUAUUUGAUAAUAAUGCGUUUCUUCUCAAAGUGACAACAUGGAAUCUGAAAACAUAUCUGAUCCGUAUCAAGACAAUCGGGAUGUUGUUCAAAGUCGCCAGUCACUCCAGAGUACAAAGAAAGAUUCCCAAGCAUCAUCUUUCCAAAAUCACAAAAAGAACUACCGGGACAAGAUCCUGGAUGAGGGGGAAAAAGACAGCUGCGUUGAAAGUAGAUCCAAAACCCGAACCUGCCGUUCAGAUCCAGACCGGGACCAGAUAUCAGAUGGAGAGGGACAGAGAAGCAGUCGGUCGUUUUACUCAGAGGACUAUGAGAAUGAGUCUGUUUCAGACCGCUCGAUCUCACCAUACUCCCGGUCCCGUACUCCAUCUCCUAGUCCUCAGAGAGGGGUGCGGCCAAAGAGGAUUUAUAACAGCCCCCUGUAUAAGACAGUGGGUGUGGGGCGCCGAGGUGUGUCUCGCCCACAGCGUCCAGGUGUCCAGCCUCUGAGCCAGCAGCAUCGCAGGGGAAUGCAUUCACAAAGCAAGGAGUCCACCCCCCCUAAAGACCUGGACCUGGUCACCAAGAGGAUGCUUUCAGCCCGCCUGCUGAAGAUCAAUGAGUUACGCAACUCCCUUGCUGAGCUGCAACAGCGCACUGAUGAGCUGCAGAAGGAAAAUCGAGUUCUCAGACAGCUUCAGGUGCGUCAGGAAAAAGCCCUGCAUCGCUACGAUGACACAGAAAGCGAGAUUUCCCAGUUACUGUCACGCCACAACAAUGAGACGCACGUGCUGCGUGAGCGGCUCAGGCGUACUCAGGAGCGGGAGCGGGCAGCCGAGCGGCGGAUGAAGGACAGCGAGGAGCAGCUGCAGAGGAGUCAGGGGACAAUCGCGCGGCUGAAGAAGCUGGUCGACCAGCGAGAGUUAGGAACCCGAGACGAGCUAAGCCGCAGGCUAGAGGAAGAGAAGACACGGGCCCAAGAGGCGGAACGCAAGAUUAAGGAGCUGGAGCGUAGCGUGGAGCUGAGCAACAGCAGUUACCAGAGGCAGCUGGCUGCAGAGAGGAAGAAGACAAUCAGUGCCCAGGAAGAGAUCAGGACUCUGCAGGAGGAGCUGGAACGACUGACCAAUAAACUCAAGGAGAAAGAGAGAGAACUAGAUGCUAAGAACAUCUAUGCCAACCGUGUGAUGAAACCCGCACACAAGAAAGAUGUUGACAGUGGCACAAAGCGGAAAGUCCCCAGCAGGGGCAGCACCAAGGCAGUGCAGAGCAAAGACAGGACGUCUAGUGUGGAUUUCCCCACACCUCCCCCUGCCAUUGCUGAUGUCAAUGAGUACACUGAACAUGCACCUGACGAAUACCUAUCACUCAAGCAGGUGGUCGACGGAGUGGACAGACAGGCAGAGACAGAAGACAAACAUCAAAAGUGGGAACAGCAGAAGACGAAAGACAGAGAAAAAGACAAGGAGGAGGAGUUGGUGAAGGAGAAAGAUAAAGAGCUGGAGAGAGAGGAGAAGCUGCAACUCAAAGAGGAACGUAAUGUGCUUGAGGAGAAGACAAAGAGACUAAGAGAUGGCUGGGAGAAAACAAAAGAGGAAGAAGAUAGAAAGAGGACAAGCUCCCUGUUAAACCAAGAGGAAGAGAACCACAGGAAGCGUGGCCAUGUCCAGGAAGAGGUGCAGAGGUGGAACCAGGAGGUUCUGGCCAAUCAGCAGGCAGCAGCGGAAGCACGCCGCAAAAAAGAACAGCUGCUGGCUAAGAUGCGUGAAAUAGACUUUCAAGACCAUGGAACCCAGGACACCAUGUUUGCUGAGUCUAGUUCUCCUAAGGCUAACAGUAACUAUUCUUCUCCUCAGCAGAGGAACCUUAACACUUCCAUUUUUAACCACGCCGAAUCAGAGGAGUCGGCCAGUUUGCGCGCUGGUGCUGGAAGUGGGGAAGGCGGAAGGAGAAGAUCAGGCAUGGAGGGUGGAGCUGCAACAACAGGAGUAGGGAGGAGACCACCGCGGCCCCAAAUCUCCAGUGACGACUUGGCAUUUGGAAGCUACGCGCCUUCUUUCGGGCGUUCAGCUUCUCGAGGUUCUUCAGGCUUCCCACCACCUCCGCCCAAAGAGGACAGGGACUCUGCAUUAGAAGCAAUAGGUGUUUUUAGUCUCAGAGGGGUGGAGACGGAGAAAGAAAAGGAGACGGAAAGAGGAUCGGGGAAGGAGAGGAAGUCUAGCCUCAUGCAGCAGCUCUUUGGUGCCCUGGCAACACCUGCUUGUGACAGUGUGAGCACCUCCAAUAAAAUGGAGGUCCUCAACAGUCCUCCAACUACCAAUGGAGUGCGUUCAAGAAGGGAAGGACUGCUCAGCUUCAACUCAGGGUCUUCCCCCCACCCAGCAUCCUCCCUGAACACCCUGCACAUCGCAGCGAGCAGGCCUGCCAUCCAUGCCAUCAACUCAUUUGAUGAUGACAUAGAGGAACUUAAAUUAUGAAAUUAAUUUAGAUUUGAGCUAGUUUUAUAGCAGGCCAUCAAUGAUAACCGGGAGGUGAUCUCCAAAAUAAGAGAUGGAGUGAUGAACGUGGUCUGUAUAUUGAAGUCUGAACACUAUUGAUUUCCCAAUACACAUUUUUAAAUUAACAGAACCAAAUGAAGAAGUGAAAAAAACGUUUCUGCACUGAAUCUUAAAUACUAUAUGACGAUAUAAAUUAUAAAUCAUAUGACUUGUGUGACUGUUUUUAGGAGGUUUCAUGUAGAAAAUCUAAUUUAAAUUGAUCUUCGAACAUUUAGAUUUAGACUUAGUGUGUUUACCCAUGGCUAAACCCUGAUAUAAGGUUUUUGACCCUAUGAUCUGUUUUAAUGCUAGUUGCACUUGUAAGUGUUGUGCACAGUGUGAACAGCG